AUGGACGUGGGCGAGUAUCUUGAGUUCGACUUUGCUCCUUCGAACGUAUUGAACAUGAUCAUUAUGAGGCCUGAAACUCUUCGCGACACCUUUCAAGAACUGGAUUUAGCAUGUGAAUUUGUUGAACUGUACAUAAACCCGGAUUUUGGCUUUAUGAUUUCUGCUGCCUGCUCCGGUGUUAGCGUUCAGGUAGGGAAUUAUUGUUUCAGUCGUUAUCAAAACUGCCAAAUAAUUAUUUGUGGUUAAUG